AUGGCGUCCAUCACCAAACUCCAGCAAUCCAAGGAGCGGCAUCUCACUUCUACGCACGAUGGUGGUAACAGCAGUCGACCACGACUCAAUGCCCUUCCGUCCGACAUCUCUUCUGGAAGUCGACCUCCGCCUACAAAUUCUUCCAGGGCCGAAUCCGUAUCAGACAACUCCUCAAAAGGCAAAGACAAGACAAAGUAUCAAGCAAAGGGUAAAGACACAAAAGCUCCUCGCGGCAGAGGUGGAGGAGUACCAAUGAAGAAGAGCGUUGCGCCGACGUCUGUACCUCCUGUUUUCAGAUCUGAAUCGUCCGCAUCAUACGCCUUCCCAAGCGAUCAAAAAACCUGGUUGAACUUCAAGGUUUGGUCAGACGGAAAAGACGGAAUGCGUCCAUAUGCUGGGUUCGACUAUGACGAAGAUAUGCAGCACGGCAGUGUGCUCAUCUACUUCAAAGAGGAGCAAGUAGACGAGGAUCGACCACUCCCCUCGAUCCGUGCAGACUUGGAAGUCCUUCAGAACUCAGGGUCCACUUGGCUGAGCAAUGCAUUGCUAUAUGGUCAGAUAGACGACAACGACGUUGACGACUGGGCGCUUUCGGAGAGUGCAAGUUCGCCAUCUCAAUCUUUCUCUCCGAAUUUCCCACAACCUGCACAACGACGAAUGCUAGGGCCCACAUCACCAGGUGGACGAUCGCCGCCACCUUUCGACAUUGAUCAGUCACAUAGCAUAGAUUCCCGGGCUACUUCUAGGGCUUUCCAUCCAUCUGAAGCCUCUCAUGGACGUCACGCUAACUCGCCACCUCCUUUUCAGCAGAGUUUUCAACGCAAUCCAACCCAUGAAAUAUGGUUCACCGCGCCUGAUAACAUAAAGACACCACAGGCACAGAGACUACAUCAUGUUGCUAUCCGCAAUUUCCUGGCUAUGUUGCAUGGCAAACCCAUAGUCGGAGCAGACGUGUAUGAUAUGCUGAGUACGCUGCAACCUCAGAUACACGUCAUGUACGACCUUGACACGGACGCUCGCUCCGGGAUGACUGCUAGGGAACGUAGCGUACAGACAAUUACGGAAUACCUCGGCCGAUAUGGGAUUGACGACCUACGCAACAACAUUCGACGAGCUCUUGGACUUUUGGCGUGGGCGGAACAGGAUACCGUCAGGUGGCGACAAGGCUACCUCGAGAGCUUUGUCCACCUGGCUGGUGUUAUGACACCGGAAAUUGAGGACCAUCCAGAUUUCAAGCGUCUAUCUGUCGUCACGAGACGGAAUUUGGGGUUAGCUGCGAAGACACUUCAGUUGCGUGUGAUGGAAGCAGAGGAGAAACUCUCCACCUUCGACUUCAGCGAUCUCUGGGAAGAUACUUUGAGAAUUGCGAACAGUCCAGUCUAUCAGAGCUACCAAUCAUUUCGCCAGUUCCUUGUUGGCCACUUCACACGCAUAUACGGUAACUGGCCACCAAGUUCUGAUAAGACGUGGCUUAAUCGUAAGCUCAUAAAUGCCAUGCAAGAGGAUUUUGGUUCUUUGUAUGACUAUUUUGUCGACCGGGACGUGAUAUGGAAUCCUCGAGAAGAACGGGCGUCCCGUAAGUGGGAGAUGGCUCAUCGAAAGAACGACAACUUCAGUGCAGACUUGCAAGAGCUUGGUAUGACAGAUAUGCUGGUUACCUACGAUGCAAAGAACGGGUAUGCACACAUUCCGCAUCCAUACCCCUUACUUCCCAGAGAAGUACCAAAGACGAGCAAGGACAAGGAGAAGAAGAGUUUCUUUUCCUCGUUGAAGAAGGACAAGCCCAAGGAUGCUACAAAGGACGCGAAGGCACAACUGCAACUCUCUAUUAUCUUUAGUGACGCGACAAAUAUCGAGAAGCUGGACGUCAACUUCAACGGAUCUACGCUCAUUGAUAAGUUUGAGCAGUUCGAGCUCACCACCGAUUUGAAACACAUGACGCCGCGCGAAGCACGUCUCGGACGGUGGGUGCUUUUGUACGGCGUGCUACAGGUCUUGUCAACUCUGUCUGUCGAUAUCCAAGGCCUGAAGCACACCGACGGUGUACGAUACUUCCUAAACACCGAUCUCAAACGCAUGCCUGAAUGGGUAAGCAACGGUCAGAUAGAGCAUCUAGAGGCCAGGCAGCAGCGAUCCUGGUGUUGGCAGCGCGCAUGGGACCCAAUGCCAGCGCAAUCCGCGCCUGUGGAGCUUGAUGCGACACCAAACAGCGAACUCCACCACCGCAACAUGCACUCCCUCCGCCACCACAACACGGACUUCCUCCACCACCAAGUCUCGACGGCGCAACACUAA